AUGGAGAAGUUCGCUCCUAAAGCCAAAGAUCUCGCCUCAAGAGAUGUGGUGUCCCGCUCUAUGGCUAUGGAAAUUCUUGGAGGAAGAGGUUGUGGUCCUGAUAAAGAAUAUAUCCACUUACAAUUGAGUCAUUUGCCUAAAGAAAAGAUUUUAAAGCAACUCCCUGGAAUAAAGCAGACUGCGUGGGAUUUUGCAGGUGUGGAUAUUUUAAAACAACCAAUACCCAGAGUACCGACUGUGUAUUAUGCAAUGGGCGGAAUUCCUACGAAUUGGAAAGGACAAGUAAUAACACAAGUGGGACCAGAUAAAGACCAAAUCAUUGGCGGAUUUUAUGCCUGCGGUGAAUGCGCUUGUGUUUCAGUACACGGAGCAAAUUUUUUGGCAAAGCUGUAG